GGUCACAUGAGGGAUUUUUGUACGACCAUUGUAGGACAUAUAGGUGUUCAGUCAUUUAGACGCACACAUAUUUUCGACGUUACAUAUUACUCUACGCCUCUCUACACGUCUGGGCCGAGGAUUGUAUGGAGUAAGAAAAUGGAAGAGGGGGUCGGGGGGGGGGGGGCUCCCUCCCAAAUUGAAUAGUCCAUCAACAUCGGCACCAAUCGCGCCGAAUGUGCGCGUGUUUCGAUACCAGAUUUCGUGUGUGCGGCUGGGUUGUUUCUACUGUUUCGAAGACCAAUGCUCCCUACCUCGUCUGCAAAAUGACAAGCAACUUUUGCCGUGCAUGGCGUCAGCACCUGGCGCACCCGGGCCAUCAGCAUCCGCGACACCGCAACCGUCAGUCAUCUUGACCCAUCCGCGCGACCCCGGCACCUUCUCAAGUAACGGCACCGACAAAGUCAACAUCGAAGAAUGACUUGGCAUAUACGAACGCGUCACUGCACUCAACCGAUGGGACCCGACAGUGAUGCUCGCAAGGCGUGGCCGUCAGUAAGCAUGCAUUGAAGCAUUCCAGCUGUCCAGCAAAUGCAGAUGGUGCAUUUACAUGAAGGAUACUGCCACUGCUGUAACUCCUGUGUCUAGGAGGUGGAUAAACUGUGAUCUGAAGUGCUCACCAGGAUCCAUGCAGGCCAGCAAGUGUUUGAAUUCUAUUUGUGCCCUCGGAGCUUCUCACGAACGUUCAAGCUGAAGCAACACCUGCAUAUUCACACAGAGCUUCCCACAAAAAGUUAUUCUAAAGCAACACCCGUGCAUCCACAGAGGUGACAUGCCAUUUCAUUGCCAUUUAUGCGCUAGGAGCUUCACAGUGACGUCUACAUUGAAGGAACACCUGUACGCCCACACAUGCGAGAAGCCAUUUCAAUGCCCUUCAUGCCCUCAGAGCUUCUCACGAAAGAGUACUCUGAACCAACACCUGCACACCCACACAGGCGAAAAGCCAUUUCAUUGCCCUUCGUGCCCUCAGAGCUUCUCACGAAAGAGUACUCUGAACCAACACCUGCACACCCACACAGGCGAAAAGCCAUUUCAAUGCCCUUCGUGCCCUCAGAGCUUCUCGCAAAAGAGUACUCUGAACCAACACCGUCGAACCCACACAGGCGAGAAGCCAUUUCAAUGCCCUGCAUGCCCUCAGAGCUUCUCACAAAAUAGUAAUCUGAACCAGCACCUGCGAACCCACACAGGCGAGAAGCCAUUUCAAUGCCCUGCAUGCCCUCAAAGCUUCUCAGUAAAGAGUACCCUGAACAAGCACCUGUGUACCCACACCAGCGAGAGGCCGUUUCAGUGCCCUGCCUGCCCUCAGAGCUUCUCACGAAAUAGUACUCUGAACAAGCACCUGUGCACCCACACUGGCGAGAGGCCAUUUCAGUGCCCUGCCUGCCCUCAGAGCUUCUCACGAAAUAGUACUCUGAACAAGCACCUGUGCACCCACACUGGCGAGAGGCCAUUUCAGUGCCCUGCCUGCCCUCAAAGCUUCUCACAAAAGAGUAAUCUGAACCGGCACCUGCGCACCCACACAGGCGAAAAGCCAUUUCAAUGCUCUUCGUGCCCUCAGAGCUUCUCACAAAAGAGUUAUCUGGACCAGCACCUGCGCACCCACACAGGCGAGAAGCCAUUUCAAUGCCCUUCAUGCCCUCAGAGCUUCUCACAAAAGAGUCAUCUGAACCAGCACCUUCGAACCCACACAGGCGAGAAGCCAUUUCAAUGCCCUGCGUGCCCUCAGAGCUUCUCACAAAAUAGUAAUCUGAACCAGCACCUGCGAACCCACACAGGCGAGAAGCCAUUUCAAUGCCCUGCAUGCCCUCAAAGCUUCUCAGUAAAGAGUACCCUGAAGAAGCACCUGUGCACCCACACCGGCGAGAGGCCGUUUCAGUGCCCUGCCUGCCCUCAGAGCUUCUCACAAAAGAGUCAUCUGAACCAGCACCUUCGAACCCACACAGGCGAGAGGCCAUUUCAGUGCCCUGCCUGCCCUCAAAGCUUCUCACGAAAGAGUAAUCUGAACCGGCACCUGCGCACCCACACAGGCGAGAAGCCAUUUCAAUGCCCUGCGUGCCCUCAGAGCUUCUCACAAAAUAGUAAUCUGAACCAGCACCUGCGAACCCACACAGGCGAGAAGCCAUUUCAAUGCUCUGCAUGCCCUCAAAGCUUCUCAGUAAAGAGUACCCUGAACAAGCACCUGUGCACCCACACCGGCGAGAGGCCGUUUCAGUGCCCUGCCUGCCCUCAGAGCUUCUCACGAAAGAGUACUCUGAACCAGCACCUGCGAACCCACACAGGCGAGAAGCCAUUUCAAUGCCCUGCAUGCCCUCAAAGCUUCUCAGUAAAGAGUACCCUGAACAAGCACCUGUGCACCCACACCGGCGAGAGGCCGUUUCAGUGCCCUGCCUGCCCUCAGAGCUUCUCACAAAAGAGUCAUCUGAACCAGCACCUUCGAACCCACACAGGCGAGAAGCCAUUUCAGUGCCCUUCGUGCCGUCAGAGCUUCUCCCAGAAGACUGCUCUGAACCAACACCUGCGAACCCACACAAGAGAGAAACCAUUUCAGUGUCCUUUAUGCCCUCAAAGCUUCUUACAAAAGUCGACAUGGAAGGUUCACCUGCACUUCCACUAAUGUAAGAGGCUCUUUCAGAGCCGUUCAUGUCCUGAGAACUUCAUGUGGAAGUCUGCAUUAAACCAACAGCCACGCAUCCACACAUGCAGGUGGCCAUUUCAGUUCCCGGCAUGUCCUCAGCAAUCCUCAAAAGCUCUUACUGAAGGACCACGUGUUCAUCCACUCAGCGAGAGGCCAUGUCAGUACUCUUCAUGUACUCGGAUCUACUCAUGGAAGUUCGCACUGAACUUCACUUCCACUAAUGUGAGAGGCUGUUUCAGGGUCCUCCGUGUCCUGAGAACUUUUCGUGGAAAUCUGCACUGAACCGACACGCUCAUGCACACAAAAUUCCUAGUGAAGGAUCACCUGUGUAUCCACUCAGGGAGACACCAUGUCAGGACUCUUCAUGUCCUCAGAGUUACUUGCAGAAGUUCACACUGAACUGACACAUGCACAACCCACAUAAGCGAGAGGGUGUUUCAGUGCCACUUCUACCGUCAAACCUUCGGGCAUAAAAGCCACCUCAAUAGGCACCUUGCCACCACAAGCGCACCUGACACAUGCAGUGAAGCAGUGCUGAGUUGUGUGCCCUCCUUAUUGUUCCUUCUUGCUUUUCAUGUUUUCCUUGGUUUUUUCAUCGAAGCUGAGUGUAUGUGUACACCUGUAGUACUAUGCUAGUAUGAAACAUUGUAAGUCUUCACUUUUCAUUAUUAUGAUGUUUAGGUUAUUUGUUGCAGACAAGUACUUCCAGCAUUGAAGUGUUUAACUGCUCUUUACUAAACCAGUUGUGGGAGUUCGUUUCAGCACAAUAAAUAAAAUUUGGCAUUGGGUUUUGUUAAUUAUUGAUAUUUCAAUACUUGCAUUAAUAGCAUGUAAUGUUGCAGUUCAUUUGCAUUUAUUGUGCUGAACAUUUAAACAGAAUUUAAGAGGUUAUUUACUAUUGCUAUGUAAUGCAGUUAAAACAACCUUUUCUGGGGAAUUGAAAUUGUGCAAUUAUGUGCUUUUUUGAUUCCUACUAAGAUUCAACUGGUUUCAGUGAUAGUAAACUCACUGGUAUGAACUUUUUGCUCGUAAAGAUCCGUGCAGACCUUUGAGAACCUUGAAAAUUGCUUCAUAAUAAAUAAAACAUU